CAUCUUUUGCGACAUUUAAAAUUUGCUACAUGUACCAACCGUCAACGUCAAAGAGGCUCUGUUCCCAUAAAUGCAUUGGACGAACCAAACGUCGUCCAGUCCCAAAAGCAAAAUAAUUAAAGUGGGGCCGUCCGAAUUCGCCCAACAUUUUUGGUUCGCCGCACGCCGCAGCUACUCCAACGUUUGGUCCGAAAUAGUAGCAGCAGCAAGCAAGCCAGCAAGCAGCAAGAGCAGCAGUUGAAGCUCCAGUCUAUCGGCCGUUUUUGUAAUUGAAGUUUUUGACCGUCAAAGUCCCGCUGCCUCAAUUGCAGGAUGGCUUCAUUAGCUUCACUCGGCCGCCUGUCCGGCAGGGCGGGACAAGUCGGCGGACGGAGGCUCGCGCAAUCUACAGUCGCGCGCAGAGACUUUAGGACCUCGACAGCUGCCCUGGCAGCUCAGAACUUCACCAUGCCAGCCCUUUCGCCGACCAUGACCGAGGGAAACAUCGCGACGUGGCGUGUCAAGGAGGGCGACAAGUUCCAAGCCGGUGAUGUUCUGCUCGAGAUCGAGACCGACAAGGCCACCAUGGACGUCGAGGCACAGGAGGAGGGCGUCGUCAUGAAGAUCCUGCAGGGUGACGGUGCAAAGGCAGUCAAGGUGGGCGCCCGCAUCGCAGUCCUCGCCGAGGAGGGCGAUGACGUCUCGACCCUCGAGAUCCCCGCCGAGGACCAGACUGGUGCCAAGGACAGCGCAAAGGAACAAUUGUCCCAGGGCUCAUCGACCUACGGCGGCGGCUCGGCUCCUCCGCCCAACGACUCGGUGCCAGACCAGCCUACCCACUCAGCGGCCAAGGCGAACGGUGGCGGCAAGGCACCCAAACAGACAUACCCCCUGCUGCCGUCAGUCGCUCACCUCGUCAAGGAGAAGGGCUUGGACGAGGCGGCCCUGGCGGAGAUGACGCCGACGGGCCCCAACGGCCGCCUGCUCAAGGGUGACGUCCUGGCCUACCUUGGCGCCAUCAACCAGAAGACGCCCGUGUCCAUCUCCGAGAUGUUUGAGAGGCUUUCACAUCUGGACCUCAGCAAUAUCAAGAUAGUAAAAUCGACCCCGCCGCCCGCCAAGGAGGAAACGAAGGCCGCCGCCGCCGCCGAGACUCCCGCUCCCAGGGUACAGCAGGUCCAGGUCAGCCUUCCUGUGUCACUCGAGGCUGCGUUCCGCGCUCACCGCAAGGUCUACAAGAACCUGGCCGUCAAUCUGCCUCUGGCCACCUUCAUCGAGCGUGCCGCAGACAUUGCCAACGAAGGCCUCCCCGCAUCGGCCCGCAAGCCUUCGGCCGACGACCUCUUCAACGACCUUCUCGGUCUCCCUCAGGCGGGGCACAGCGCCACUCGCGGCCGCUACUUCCCUAUGAUCUCUUCCCCUACCGCUACUGUCGCCCAGCCCGCCUUCUCGGGCAGCCGCCAGCAGACCGACAUCAUCGACAUCCUGUCCGGCACAGCCACCAAGGCCAGGAAGCCGGUUGCCCAGCCUGUGGCCGAGUUCGAUGUUACCGAUGCCGACGUGCCCCUGUUCAGCCUCAACGUGCCGAAAACUGAGGAGAAGCGCGCCAGGGUUUUCCUCGAGAGAAUCAAGGUUGUGUUGGAGAACGAGCCGGCAAGGCUAUUGUUGUAAAAGCACAGCCCAACAAUCUGAUCGAAUUUCCCCCCCAUCAAUCUUGUACCAUACUGGAAGUAAUAGAGCUAGAUUUCCUGAAGCGGUUCGGGCGCGUUGAGAAUUGGUGAAUUAUGCCAGUCUUAAAACUCAUUUCUUUGUAAGUCUAUUAACGUAGCACAUUUCAAGAUAAAAAAAAACAUGAAGCCAUCA